AUGGCUUCCACCGCCGCAGGCGAGCUCGCCCGCAAGGCGCUCAUGAACGAUGCUCGUCAGGAGGAAGCCAUCACAGUCAACCAGCGCGCCCUCAUCGACAAGAUCCUCGCCAGGUACGCCGCCGAAUUCACCGUCUUUCGCGAACUGCUUCAGAAUGCAGACGACGCUGGUGCCACCCACUGCGAGCUCCGUUUCGAGUCGCAGCGAUCCCAAUCCACACAAUCCGACGUUGCCUCCACAUCCGCAUCCACCCUUCUGCCCGAUUUCAAAGCUACCCUCAGCAACUGGGUCUUUCGCAACGACGGCAAGCCCUUUGGCAACGAUGACUGGUCCCGUCUACGCAGGAUCGCAGAAGGAAACCCAGAUCCCGACCGUAUAGGUGCCUUCGGUGUCGGUUUCUACUCGCUCUUCAGCAUCUGCGAGGAGCCCAUCGUCUCAUCCGGUGACGAGCUCAUGGGCUUCUUCUGGAAAGGCGACGCCCUCUUUACCAAACGUGCCAACAACGCUGACCGUCAGACUUCGCCCUCUGGCAACCCAUGGACCACCUUCUUCAUGGCCCUUCGCGAACCGUCCCCCUUCCCCGAUUAUCCCAUGGCCCUCGCCAAGUUCUUGGCCACCUCGCUCACCUUUACCACCAAGAUCCGCUCCAUCGGACUCUACUGGGACGACCAUCUCCUCUGCAAGCUCGACAAGAAGCUCGCUUUGCCAAAGUCCAUGUCCAUGCCCGGCCAUCUCAAUGCGUACAGCCCAGCCAAGAUCAUGCGCGUUCGAGAUCUCGAGUCGACCGCCGUGCAGAUCGACGUCCAAGCACUCCAACUCGUCAUCGAUGCUGCCGAAAAGGACAAACCCAGACCCAAACAGUCUCUUGCAUCUGCUCUCGGCAAGACGGCCGGUGGCGGUCUCACCUCCAUGCUCCAGAGCGCCUUUGGCUUUGGCUCCUCCUCUGCAAAGGACAAGGAGCGCGAGCGUGAACUCCAACGACGCAGAGAAGUCGAGGCUGCAGCGCACGAGCAAGAAAGACGCAAGCUCGACGCCACUGCCGCCGCGCUCACUUCGGUCUCCGCCUCCAUUCAUCUGCGUAUCGCAACCGCAAACGUAAGCGUAUCAGCCGACAAGACCUUCUCGAGAGAAAUCGAGCGCAGCACAAAGAAGCCUCCCCCCAAGGUCACCGCCUUCCACCUCAUCUUCACAGGCAAGGAGGAGUACGAUGCCAGCUUCCCCGAAGACAACGACAACCCCGACACUUCCCUCUCCAUCACUUCGUCCACCGCCGCACUCGACACAGGCGUACGCCAGAUCUUUUCCGGUCUCAUGCCCCGCCUCGAAGACCAAGGUCACGCCUUCAUCGGCUUCCGAACUCAUCAGACCACCGGCUUCAGCGGCCACAUUGCAGCACGAUUCAUCCCCACCGUCGAGAGGGAGUCGCUCGACUUUGUCGACAGAUACUGUGCUCAGUGGAACUCGGAGCUGCUCUCCAUGGGAGGCUAUGUCGCUCGUGCCGUCUACGAGAAUGAGCUGACCGACAUUGGUCGACUGUGGACAAAUUCGUUUGGCGACAAGCGUCCGCCCAAAGACGACGAUCCUACAGCAAAGGCGCUCAAGGAUCGUGCGCUCCAUCUCAUGCGCUUCUUCACCUUCCGCGCCUCUUCGCCAUCCUCCCGCGUCUCGUCGCUCUUCCUCACCUCUUUUUUCGGAUCGGCACGUCAGAACACCAUUACGCUCAUGUCGACGCGCGGCAUCAGACAUUCGGCCGCCGUGCGCGUCCCCAAUGCCCUUCUUGCGGAUUUCAUCAAAGACCUCGCCGUCAUCCCUCCGCACCACGUCGAAGAGGCUCCCGACUUUGUCCGAGAAGUCCGCUCUCGCAACCUCGUCCAAGAUAUCACCAUGGACGACGUCUUCCAAGAGCUUUCGUCGCGCCCCCUCACUCCUCCCGAGAUGGUCGCCUGUCUCAAGUGGUGGGUCAGCGUCGCCGCACAUCCCUCGUACGAUAUCAGCCUGCGCUCCAAGCUCCUCAACAACGCCAUGCUCACCAUCGCCGACCCCAAGGACGAUGCUGUUCCCGAAAAGAUACAGCCACUCAGCGCCGUGCGCUUCUACCUCAACACGUCUCGUCUUCCCACCGACGUCCCUCUUCCAGAUUCCUGCCUGGCGUACGAAGUGUCAAAGUCAUUUACUACCAACGAGCUCUCCCGCGUGUUUGGCUGGUCCGAACUGACGGUGCCCGUCUGGGUCAAAAACCUCGUUCAGAUCAGCGUCCAAGCAAAACAUUCAGGCUCGACGGCGCUCGAAGAGACAGAUUUGCAGACCUCGCCGGCUUUCGCCGAAAAAGUGUUGCUCACUCUGUCGCGCACCUGGUUUGCACUGCCUGCCAAUCAGCACGACGAGAUCCAGCUGCUUCUGGCAAAUGCCACCUGCAUUCCUACUCGUCUUGAGAUGCAGAAGCCCGACGACGCCUACUUCGCCAACGUAUCCUUGUUUUCCGAUCUGCCCAUCGUCGAGCUUCCUACCGCACAGGUCAAGGGCAAUCUCGAAAAGGUGCUCGCCGCACUCGGCGUGCGUCGCCAUGUGGAGCUACAGAUGAUCUUCAAUCGGCUCGUAGCGGGCGGUGGCUGGUCCCACGUCGAUCUUGUCUCGUACCUUGCUUCCAACAAGGAGACGCUCUCCGACCUCGAGAGGGAACGGCUCAAGAAGACCGCCAUCUUUCCCAAGCAGGGAGAGGUUGGACCGCUCAAGGAAGACGGCAAACCCAGGAUCAUCCGCUACCGCGCCAGCGACCUUUACGAGCCUACUGAAGCGCUCAAGGCUCUCCAGCUGCCAGUGCUAGACUGGGUCGACAAGCCGUGGAAGCCCUCUUCCGAAGAGGCCCGCUUCGUGUUUGAUCUCGGUCUGCGACGCUAUCCGCCCAUGGAGACUGUGCUCGAGCUUGCUUCCACCACCACCAACGAUGCUCUGCGAUCCAGCGCCAUCGCCUUUUUCCUCGAGAGAUUCCACGCUCACUACAUUAAUCAGUACACCAUCUUCCGCGCCGAAAAGUACGCGUUCGUGCCCGCAAGGCUACCCAACGAGCCCAAGAUGGUGCUUCGCAAACCCACCGAGGUCUUUACCAAUGCAGAAGCUGCUGUGAUGGGCUUCCCCGUCGCCGGCCCCGAGAUCAACCUGGCCGACCUGCCCAAGCUCGGGUUACGCUCCAAUCCCACGGCGACGCAGCUCAUCGGCAAACUCGUCAACACGCCGACAAAAGACGAAGCACAGGCUCGCAAGAUCUUUGAGUAUCUGGCGACCGUCCCAGAAUUCAGUCUCAAUGACUUUGCACAGCUGCGAGGCGCCGAGUUCAUCCCUGUACGUCGCACAAAGCGCGGUGCCACUGCCGGUGUUGCAGGCGACUCGGCAGCUUCGCAGCCCAUCGAAGUCUUCGUGGUGUCCCCCAUGAAUUGCUACUUUGGCGGCUCGACCUCGGACGUCCAAUUCCGAGACGUCUUCUUCUACUGCGACUACGGCUCGGUAGCCGGUGCCUUUCUCAAGAACUGUGGUGUGCGAAACGAGCCAAGCAUCGAGGAGGUCGCGGAACGUCUUGUAGCCGAGCCGCAGCGCUUCUACCAGCUCGCCGGCAGCGCCGACGCGUAUCUCGGCAUCCUCCGCCAGAUUGCGACGAACUGGAGCCGCAUCCGUAGUCCGUUGCGGAACCAGAUGGCACGCUCCGCUUUCCUGCUCGGUUCCAAGCGCAUCAGCGAAAGCAAAGCGGCGGAAGGUGGCCAAAAGACCGGCCAUCUGUUGGACCAAGACGAUGACGAGCAGGACGAAGAAGCGGACGAUGCAGGUACACUCGUGUAUGCGCUCAAGAAGCCCUCAGAUGUCGUCAUUGUCGACGAUGCCAACUCGCACAUGCUCUUUGCCUCGUCGCUCUUCUACGCACCGCACGAGGAUCUGUUGCAGGAAGGACUGUACGGCAAACUCGGCUCGCCUCGGUUGAGUGCGCUGGUCGAGGAGCGCUACUCGAUCGAAGGUCGAGUCGUUCGAGACACGCAGCGUGCUCGCGAAAUCAAAGCAAUCGUCCUCGAACGUACGCCCCUCUUCCUCUUCGAAAAGCGACAGUCGUCCAAGUCCGAGAUACGCAAGGAUGCGGAGUGGCUCAAGCAGGCGCUCGAGGUCGAAGAGAUCGACGGAGCGGGUCUUCGCCUCGUACGGACGCUACGCUACGACAGAGUGCACGAGCAGAACGUGCAGAAGUGCACCGCCACCGCAUCGAUGCGCGGCUCCAAGCUGGUCCUGCAUCUUUCGUCAUCGAUGGAAGUCGACUUCUUCGAGGUCGCCACAUCGAUCAGCAAAUAUCUGCUCACGAAGCAAAGGCUGCAGGAAGUGCUGCUGUACAUGACGCUCCUCUCGACGUCGCUGCGCAACCUGAAGCGUCGUGGAUUCCACGUGGACAAGAUCCUCUCGCAGCGUAAAGCGGAACGGGAGGCUGCCGAGGCCCAGAUGCGCGAAGAACGACUCAAGGCUCAGGAGCGUGCUGCCGAAGAGAAGGCCACCGAGGACAAGCUGGCCGACUGGCGAAAGCAGGUGCUGAGCGUGUUUCCUGAUGCCGAUCCGCAUUACGUGGACCAGGCGCUGCGAAGCCAUAGCGAUGCGCAUGUUGAGCGCACCACCAACGACAUGCUAAGCAGCAACUAUCCUCGUAGAAACAAAGAGGCGUCGUCUGCCGUCUCACAGCUGACCAACGAUACCACGUCCACACUGACGCCUCACGGUGCAGGCGGCAAUGCGGGACCUGGCUUCUUCUCGGGCUUCCGCAACAAGUUCCUGCAGGCUGGCUCAAAGCAGCGCAGUUCGCUGGCGGAUGGAACGAGCUCCAUCCAACGUCACGGCUCAGACUGGCCGGCAGACUCUCCCAUGGCAGCAGCCGGUCGAUCAGCCGAGGAUCGUGCUCUGGGUGCCCUUACAUCUUCGUCGUCCUCGGGAGGCAUGACGCCAGCGGCGACCGCACCGACAAGCGAAGUGACGCCGCUUUCUUCGAUCCACAACAAUGUGCUCAAGGCAAUCCGCGCGUCGCGACCCGACGCAUCGUCGACGAUCAAGAGCGAAGCGCGACAGACGCAGAUCAAGGAAGCCGCCAACUCGUAUUGCGACCAAGGCGUCGAGACGGAUCUCAAGCUGGCAGGUGAGGUGGCGGGGAUGAAGGUGUUCCUGCAUCCGACGCUGGACGCUGCUUCGAUGCUGCAGGCCAACGCUGCAGCGCUCGAGCGUCUGAUCAACCGAAUCUACAAGCCUGUCGGAAGCAUCUUUGGGUUGGAUCCUAGAAGCAUGUACGUGUUCUGCGACACGGCGGGCCCUGCGAUCGCAUUCAACCGAGCGGGAGCGAUCUACCUCAAUUUCCGAUACUAUCUGGCGUGGCACGACGAAUUGGUGAAGCAGGGCAAGUUGGCGGACCCACUGGUGUCGACGUACUUCAGCGUUGCGCACGAGAUUGCGCACAACGUGGUGGCAGCGCACAAUGCAGAGCACGAGUGGUACUUUAGCGCGAUUGCCGAGAAGUAUGUCGUGUCGCUGGUGGAGUACAUUGCCAAGGCGGAGGGUGGGGCUAGUUAG